UCCAGAUUCAUCAAACCCAGAUUCAGUCGAGCAACAUGUCCAGCUUCCUCUCCUUCCUCUGCGCCCAAACCAUCGGCCGCGUCCUCCCCAUCAACGUGGACCGCCUCCCGAUCGUGGGCCGACGACCCCCAGCACUCGACGGCGUGGAGCAGGACGACGCCGGCUCAUGCCCCGUGAACCCCCCUCUCUCGACAAUGGAACGGACCGUCUUCAGCCCCGGAGGAUGCCUUGUCUAUGGGUACCCCUCCACCGGUGGCGUCCUCAUUAAAAGCGCUAACCUGGUUGACCUGCUUUUCCUCUCGCUCCCGCGCUUUCAGGCCGUGCAGCGUGCAUCCAGUGUCGAUGAGGAGGACAGGUUCUGUAAGCUCUUGCGCCGGACUGGGGCAACGUGGUGGCUGAGUAGGGAGGAUGAGCUUGAGGCGGUUCUAGGGGUGAGAAAGAUGACGGAGGAAGAAAAGAAAGUGCUGGUGUUUGGGUGGCCGGCGGAUGGUGUUGGCGUGUGGGUGUUGAGGUUUGCGAAUGCCAGGGAAAUGCCAAGGGACUUUAUGAGAAUCAGUUUCGCGAUGAAUAUGGCGGAGAGAAUCCAGAUUAUGAGAGAGUAUGGCGCUACCUUUGUGGAGGAUGUCUCGCAGGUGGAGGAGCUUCGUGAAACGCUUUGAGGCUGAGUACUAGGGUACCCUAGUCUUGGGAUGGGUACCAAGUUGUGUAGAAUAUCUUGAAUAUGCUAUAUAGUAGCC